AUGGGACUCCGAGCCCUGCUCCUGCUGCUCUCGGGGGCCCUGGCCCUGCCCGCGACCUGGGCCGGUCCCCACACCCUGAGAUACAUCGGCACCACCAUUUCCGGACCGGGCCGAGGAAAGUCCCGGUACAUCAGCGUCGUCUACGUGGACGACACUGAGGUCGAGGGGUUCGACAGCGACGCCCCGAACGCGAGGUUGGAGCCGCGGGUGCCGUGGAUGAAGCAGCCGUGGGUGGAGCAGGAGAUGCCAGGCUAUUGGAAUCAUUGGACAGGAGUUUGCGUGCAACGCUCACAGAUGUACACAGGGAACCUGGACAACCUGCGCGGCUACUACAACCAGAGCGAGGACGGGUCUCACACCUUCCAGGAAAUGAGGGGCUGCAUCGUUGGACCGGAUGGGCGCUUCCUCCGCGGGUUCAAUAAGUUCGCCUACGACGGCACCGACUACGUCGCCCUGAACGAGGACUUGCGCUCCUGGACCGCGGCCGACAGUGCAGCCCAGGUCACCUGGGGCGACUUGGUGCGGGUCCCUGAUGUGGACGUCAGGAGGGCCUACCUGGAGGACACGUGUGUGCGCCGGCUCCACAAAUACUUGGAGAAGGGGAAGGAGACACUGCUCCGAGCGGACCCUCCAAAAGCACACAUAACCCAUCACCCCACCUCUGACCGUGAGGUCACCCUGAGGUGCCGGACCCGGGGCUUCUACCCCGCGGACAUCAGCCUGACCUGGCAGCGUGACGGGGAGGACCUGACCCAGGACACGGAGACUGUGGACACCAGGCCUGCGGGGGACGGGACCUUCCAGAAGUGGGCGGCCGUGGCCGUGCCCCCCGGACAGGAGCAGAGCUACACGUGCCACGUGGGGCACGCGGGGCUGCCCGAGCCCCUGACCCUGCGAUGGGAUCCCCCUCCUCGGACCACCGUCCCCAUCGUGAGCAUCGCUGCUGCCGCCCUGUGUCUCCUUGUUGCUGCCGUCGCUGUGGCUGUGACGUGGAGGAGGAAGCGCUCAGGCAGAGGCAGGCAGAAGAAACCUCAGGCUGCCUGUCAGUCUGGGUGUUGGGAGGGGACGUCUGGGACCCUGGGGAGCGUGUGGGUUGGAGUCUAG